CGCCUCCCGAAUGGUACUUGCCAAAAGCGAUGGCACUGUUCAAACAGGGUCAUCAAGGAGAGCAUCGCCGUUUUCAUCACUACAUCCUCACUUAGCCUGCAUACUACAGCCCUGAAACCCCCGCAUUCGCCGAAAGCACACCGCUCCCCUUCAAUACACAUCACGCUUCACCUCAGCAGCCCUUCCUUUCGCUCUCAUUCUAUUUACUCUAUUCACCCUAUCCCCAUUUUUCUUUUUUCUUUCUCCGGCUCCCUCAAUCAGCGCACCUGUCUUCACUGCAAAAGAAAGACCCUUGUCUCGUCGCUUCAUGGAACAACAGCAACAGCCGCAGCAGCCGCAGCAGCCGCAUGAACCGGUGCAUUGCUUUUGGGCCUUGAUGACCUAUGGCGACCUUCGGUUCAUCUACCUAUCCUCCUCUGUCCAGCGCGCAGUCUCAGCAAAGUACAAGCAGCUCCUCGGUCAGUCUUUCUUUGACUACAUCCAUCCAGACGAGGCUAAGCUGGCACGCAAGGACCUGAAUGCCUUUAUGGAUGUCCAUAAUCUAUACGGCAGCGUCACUCGGUGUCGAUUUCGGAAUGUAUGUCCAGAGUGGCAGCUGAAAAAGUUCUCUCGACAAACAGGGUCUGUCGCCGCUGCUUCAGCCUCGGCAGCAGCCUCGGCAGCAGCCCUGAAUGCCGCUGCUAAAGAGGGUGGGCUCUCCUCGAGAGGCCUGGGUCGAGCAGGACUGGAUACAACUGGCAUUAAUAACGGCGGCGGCAGCAGCAACAGCAGCACUAUUCACAAUAACAGCGAUGAUAAUAAAAACGACAUUGGGAACGCUCCGAUACUCUCGGCUGAAGGUCAGCCUAUAGAUCAGGAAACACCGGACGAGGAAUGCUGCAAAGACUACGAAGAUAUUUUUCAGAACGGGGAGGAGGACGACUUUAUGAUUCUGGACGUCGUUAUGAACGUUGUGAGUGAUGAAGUCGUCCUUGGCUUCUUUCACAUUGAUGGUCAGGGUCUUUACAAGGGCUUUUGGUCAAACGGCAUCUGCGGUGAAUCCAAGGAGUCUUUGGCGAGCCUUGCCCCAGAAAUCAUGCGCCAUUUACAGGACUCUGUCGAUGCUAAAAACAUCUCUACAGGAUCAGAUCAUCGACUGGACUCUAAUUUAUCAUCGACAUCGAGUCCUCGGCGGCAGACCGACAAUCGGACGAAACGAAUCUUCCAAAUCUACGAUUCCCAAAACCGGAACCUACUACUGACGUGGCCAGACCCAGGAAAUAAGACAGGAAGCUCUGGCGCCGGGAACGGCACAGUCUCCUACAACCCAGAUCUCUAUACCCAAAUCGUCAAAUCGCACCACAUUCCAGCGGAUGCACUCGGAAACACGACCUGUUUAAAGCGCUUUUGUUCAAAGCACGCCCUUCCCAAUUUAAAUCCUUCAAGCCAGGAGCCCUCGUAUCAAGUCGAAUCCGUCUUCAUCCCUUACGGCUACAUCAUCUUCGCGUGCUUUCAGACCUCCCCCGCGACACCUGUGAACACUUGGUCUACGAUAUCUUCUACGGCAAUAUCUGCUCCUACCACACACGGAUCACAUGUUGCUUCACCAUCACCAGGUUCGCGCUCAUUUGGUUCGAAUUAUGAAGCAGGUUCACCCAACGAUCAUCUUUCAGGACUUGGUUUGUUAUCAUCGCCAGGUGGAACGGGAUCGAAUCUAUUUGGAGUUGGAGGCGCUAACUCCCACGGAUCGCCAUCGUCGACGCUCAAUUCGCCCCUUGUCAUUCCCUCUUUACCGUCUCUUUCGCCGUUCUUGAAGCACGCAGUUGUAGGCCAAAUGACAAUGUCAUCGGCACAAGUCCCGAGUCCAUCGCCAACUGGACCCAUAAGGAACACCGGCAAUAGCAAUCACUCAUCGGCAUACCACCCAUAUUCUAGGAGCUCGGCUCUUUCCAGCGCAUCGUCCGCGGGAUCGUCUCCAUCAAACCUGCCACUACCAGAGUCUAUGCAGGAGUCUCUCAGUUUCCUGAAUGAUUACAAACCAGGGGACAUAGACGGCAGAGGAGGGACUUUACCGAGCGAAAGACGGGGAACGGGUGACCUUCUAGCACAUUCGAUGUGGCAUGCCUCUACUCCACAUCCGGCCAUCGCUGCCAUGGUCGGACAUGCACUCGCACCAUCUUCGCUCUCCUUCCAGCGGACGGUUACCGUAGAUGUCCGUCCGUCACAUGGUCGCCAAAAGUCAUCAUCGCCACCAUCAUCAACAUUGGCGGCGCCAGUCGAACUGCACUCCUCCGGAAAUGACAAGGAUACAAAAUCUCGCAAGAUGCCUCCCUCGCCUCGGCACCCUGCGCAUGACGCUGCUAUCAGGAAAAAGCCAUCGUCCUCCGCAUCGUCUUCGUCUCCUCCCGCGACUCUGCAAGAGCUCGACUCAAAUGGUAGCGCAGGCCAUGUAACACACGUUCUGCGGGUACAGGAGGAAAAGGCGUGUGAGAGUUGUGGAACGACCAACUCUCCGGAAUGGCGUAGGGGUCAGUCUGGGAAGAAGGAUUUAUGUAACGCCUGUGGUCUGCGGUAUUCUCGGAGUGUAGCCCGACAGAACCGUCAGGCACAGAAGCAGCUGGAAGGCAAGGUCCCAAAGACAAAGGUUGCCAAGGCUGGCAAGGCCACAAAAGCAACCCCAAAGAAAGCGGGGGGCGCGACGGACAUAGCAGACCACGGCGCCCAGACGAAUCGAAUGCAGCAACAACCACAACAGCCUCAGCCUCAGCAGCAGCAAUCGCAACAGCAGCAGCCUCACUUUGGUCAAGGAUACACUUCUUCAUCGUAUGCAAACACAGGUGUGGUUCCGACCUAUUCUAUACCUGUUUCGCAGCCAUCCUUUUAUCAUGGACCGUGAUAAAGAUAAGGGUGGACAUUUGGAGCAGUUUCCUGCUACUCUUGCCUGUUUCCGUUUCAUUAAUUCCUGCACAAUAAAGUCAUGUAAACUAGAAUCAGUAUUACUCCGCG